AUGGUAGUUAGCCCAUCCUUUUGGAUACAAGAUAGGAGCGCGGCCAUGAUGGGCUUCCAAGGCCAAGUCAUCGAGAACGUACCGAACGAAAUAGUGUUGCAGAUUGUCGAGUAUAUGGAUUCCUGGACAUGCUUGCGUUUCAUGAAGGCUAGCAAGAAAUCAUAUAUGCUCAUAGAAGCUCACGAGCAUUCCAUUUCAAAGGGCCGUGCUGCCGCGUUCACACUACCCCCUUUGGGAAAGGCCCUCUCUUCGAGGACCGACCAACGCGACGUAAUAUCAAAGGAUACGUUCGCGAUGACUCGUGAGCUAGAACUGCGCGAAUUGAGGUCCGAUCUUCUUGUUGGCGAGUGCCCGAGCAUCUUUUGCCUCGUUUCGCCGCCGUGGUUCCCGCCUUUACCACCUUCGGCACGAAGUCGCCUAGAACCCGUACUGAAGCGAGCUCUACAUCAAUGCGACCGCAUUGCAGACAUUGCAGCAAAUGAGUCACCCUUGCCGCCCCAAUGCUAUCAUGCCCUUCUUGAAGAAGUGGAUGAACUGUCAUCUUCUACGCUGUACUCUUCUGAUGAAUCGCUCAAUCCCUUGGCCAACCCAAAAGCUCGACCAAAACAGAUCGAGUACAUUCGGUCGCUGCUGCUGGAAGAUGUUGCAGGGCUCUAUAUGUUGGUCAAUUUGAUCGGAUAUGGGAUGAUGGCGUGCUAUCAGUUCAGCACUCCUAGCAUGGAAGUCAAGACCACCAUAGAGGAGUGUGUCCUACGGCAUGGAACGUGGUUCGUAUGGGCGUGCCUUAGAAGCGAAUUAUCACUGGCUAGCUGCAUGAUUGAUGCUGGCAGGGUUGAACUCAGGCAGUGGGAGUCCGGGGCUCUCAAGGGACCGGAUGGGCUCAAGAUGACAUUAACUGGCCGGUUCAGGGAACUCCUCGGAGGGGCAACUGGACCUGAGUUUUCCGAGAAAGUAGAAGAGACGCUCGGAAAACUUAUAGAAGUUGGGGUAAAUAAAGACAAAGCUGGAAAGCCCGAAGCGCGAAGCAAAAAGGGGGUCAAUACGAUAUAACCAGCUAUGUAUUUAUACUAAGAUGGUGGUAGGUGGGUGUGUAACAGUCUUCAAUGCAUUGAUAGGAUAGCGUAGAAAAGAAAACCUAGGAUAGAUGGAUGCUGGCACCCGCUAGAUAGACAUUGGUUGUUACUAGUAAAUACUUAUUCAUUGAUCCUGAGAUCUCAUACGCCGAUUCUUUGAUAUUGUCUAUACUUCCAAGUUAUGUAAAUGUUUCCAAAGAGGAUACGACGCGGUCCCGGUCACUGGUUACUGGGAUUUUGAGAUACCUUGUACCUAUAAAUAUUAGCACAACUACUUGUGGAUGAAAUGCUAAAAGAUGAAAGCAAGAGCUAAUCUACAAUUGUUAUUGUUAGAUGACCUAGUAGGUAUAUCUUCAACUCUGCUCG